AUGGAGGUUAAUGAAGAGCCUUGUGAAACCCCCCUUAACACCACAAAUAAAGAAGCUGAGAAUGAUAAUAAUCCGUUUCAUAACUCUAAAAGACCAAGAAGAUCAAAAGUAUGGGAUGAAUUUUUUGAUCCUGAUAUGAUAAAAAAUCAAUGGAAAGUAAGGUGCAAGUAUUGUAAAACUCCUUUUUCUCUUUUGAAAUCUAAGAGCACUACCCAUAUGCACCGACAUUUGGAAUCUAGUGUUAUGAAAGCGAAACACAUGAGACAACAAAAGUUGAUUAAUUUUUUGUCAUCUGAUUCAAGCACUGGUACAAAUCAAUCUGGAUUUGUUUUCACAAUUUCUGUGGACAAUGCAUCUGCAAAUGAUUCUUGUAUUGCAAUUUUGAAGGAUAAUUUUGAAUCAAAUGGGAGGCUUAUUURCGGUGGAAAAUUGUUUCACGUCCGAUGUUGUGCCCACAUUCUUAACAUUAUGGUUCAACAUGGUCUUCAACAAGUGAARGAUAUUAUUGUGAAAGUCCAUGAUACCGUUGAUUACUUGAACUCAAGUGAAGCACGUCUUAAGCGUUUUGGUGAACUUGUAAGCCAAUACAMCAUGAAUCAUCGGAAGUUAGUUCUUGAAUGCAAGACWCGUUGGAAUUCAACAUACGAUAUGCUAGAUUGUGCCAUCAAGUUUAGACAGGUAUUUCCUCGAUAUUCUUUGCAUGAUCGUAAUUAUACUUCUUGUCCGACUGAAGAGGAAUGGAGUAAGAUUGCAAAAUUGCUCGAUAUAUUGAAAAUAUUUAAAGAUGCUACUAACUCCAUAUCUGGUUCUGAAUAUCCAACUUCCAACUUGUUUCUUGCUGAAGUACAAAGGAUUAAAGUUAUGUUGGAUAAACAAUCUCAGUCGAAUGAUGAUUUUGUUAGAAGUAUGGUAAACCACAUGAAAGAGAGAUUUGAUAAAUAUUGGGGGGAAUGUAACAUGCUAAUGUCAAUAGGGACCGUGUUAGACCCUAGAUUGAAAAUGAGGGCUAUAGAGAUUGCAUGGCCUAAAAUGUUUCCUUUAAGUGUAGCUCGGGAUAAUAUUAGUAAAGUCAAAGAGGUGAUGUAUGAGCUUUUUGAUGAAUAUGUGAGAAUGUAUUCUUCUUCUAUUGGGGAUGAAAGUGUCGAAUGUGAAUUUGGAUCAAAUACUCGUGAAGGAAAUGAUGGWUCUAGUGGUUUAUCUGAACUUUUGUUAGAUGUUUUUAGUGGGGAGACAUCGAUAACUCGUGUGAAAUCUGAGCUUGACAUGUAUCUAGAAGAGGGGUGUUUUCUUUAG